GGGAGCGGCGGGAGGAGGAGGAGGAGGAGAAGGAGGAAAAAGAGGAGGAAAAGGAAAAAGGAGGAGGAGCGCACGGUAUCCUGUGGCAUGGCAGGUGAAGAAGACUUCUUUUUGGAGGAGAAGAGAUUCAGGCAGUUCUGUGAAGAGUUUGUUAAGCAUUCACAACAGAUAGGAGAUGGCUGGGAGUGGAGAACUAGCAAGGACCUUGGUGAUGGUUAUCUUUGUAAGACACAUUUCCAAGUAAGAAACAGACACAUCCCACCAGAUCUCAAGGAGAAAAACAAUGAUAACGCUGAACAAAUAUUAUUUGCACAUGUAGAAGAGCCCUCGGAUGAGUGCCAGGCCGCCGCGGUGUGCGGCACAGAGGAAGCGGUUCGCUACGAGUACCACGUCCUCUACUCCGGCAGCUACCAGGUGCCUGUGCUGUACUUCAGAGCCUGCUUCUUGGAUGGAAGGCCUUUAACUCUGGAUGAAAUAUGGGGGAGUGUUCAUGCAUCCUACCAGGCUCGUCUGCAGGAGGGGCCCUGGGACACUAUUACACAGCAGGAGCACCCCAUCCUCGGGCAGCCUUUCUUUGUGCUGCACCCCUGUCGAACCAAUGAAUUCAUCUCUGCUGUGCUGAGAGGCUCACAGGAGCAGCACAGACACACAAAUUACAUCACACUGUGGCUCAGUACUGUAGGCCCAGUUGUGGGCCUGAAUCUGCCUUUGAGCUAUGCAAAAGUGGCGCCUGAGCAGAGCACAGCUGUGGCUGAAAGGGCCCUGAGCUGAAGGACUGGGAAUGGUUAGGCUGUGAUAAAGCUGCUGCAGGCUUCCCUGGGGGUGAAAUGGAGGGUCCUCCCUGGCUGCUCGGCCAUGCCAGAGUGGAAAUGGUUGCUCAUGGCUGUUUUGUGG